CAUCACCAGGGAGUCUUGAUGAGGUGGGGGCAUCGGUCCGUUGUGCGGACCUGUGGGCCGGGCGGCUUGCCGGUGGGUAGGCGAGGCCGGGGCGGCUUUCGGGCGCCGCACGAUGAACACCCCACUCGCAGCGCCCGCCGGAGCCGCUGCCACCAUGACUUCCGCUCCCCCGGGUACUUGUUGUAGGUGAUGUUGGUGUCGUCCUUGGUGCGGCGGAGGGGGAGGAGCACUUUGGCUGGGGUGGGGGUGCUUCUGGGCAGGGGCUUGGGCGUGGCCUUGGGCGUGGCCUUGGGCGUGGCCUUGGGCGUGGCCUUGGGCGGCUGCUGUGGGCCCGCUGCAUACAGAGCACACAGAGCCAAUCAACACAUACAUACAGCAAUGAAUAAGCACAUGCAUCGUCAGUGAGUGUCACUCUCCUUACCUUCCUCCUCGUCGAGCCCCUGGUCGAGCCAGGGCUCGAUGCUGCUUAUGAUGCCUGUAACGAACAGGCAGAAACAAGGAAGACGGCUUUGUGCGUGCGCCAAUCAUCCAAUUCUGUGUCUCUCUUCGUGUGUACAGAUAAGUGUCCGUUUCUCUCACCCCCUUCGGUCCACUCCUCCGUGCUCUCGGGGCCGUCCUCCAUCGACAGGCGGCAGCUGUCCUCGAUGCCUGUAGCGACGAAGAAAGAUGGAACCAUCCAUUUAGCAAGUCUGUCUCUCUCUGCCUCCUUUCCUUUCCCUGACCUCGGUCGCCGAGCUCGGACAGCGGAUCGCCCCUGGCAUGAGCAUCCACCCCCGAGGUCUCCCCCCCUGAGACCUCGGGGAUGCUCUCGAGGCUGCCCGUCUGCUGCAGCAGAAGCAGACUCGAUGACCGGCCGUGGGGAGCUGCCGUCGAAGCGACGGACGCGCGCCGGUCGGUGGCGGCCGUGGCUGGCUCCCCCCCCUCCCCCUUCCCCUUCCCUCCCUCCCACUCCCCAGCAAUCGCAGCAGCUGUGGGCAGCAGCGCCCGAGCUUCCUUGCUCUCGGCCAUCAUCUGACGAAACACACACAUGGAGGAGAUGACUGGAUGGA